AUGCUCAAACGAAAACCCCAAGACCUCCAGGUCCCAGUACCAAACUUCCCAUUAUCAUCGCCGAUCAGCGAAGAAAUCUCAAGUCCCUCAUGCUCCUCGGAAGAUCAGGAAGAACGAGACCGACCCUUUGCAUUUCUAUCCAAGGCAACGCGACAAAAGCUCGGGGCGAAGACCGCGAAAGAUGGGAAUCGCUCACCCAUUUCCGCCCGCGAAGCCUCGAGACUAGGUAUCCGCAUCACCAAGAGACGUAAAAGCGUCGGGAAGCCAGUUGGUCUGAACCUCGUUACGGAUUUCACCUUAGCGCCGGCGCCGAGGAAACAGUCCAUCCCUGCAGAAACAAAUGCGGCUGCGCCGUUCGUCGAUCUGAAUGAUCUGAAGCUCCUCUCGAAAGUACGAGAGAAGGAACGCUCGGCUCAGAAAUCGAAGGAUACCUUCAAGAAGAGGGUUUCGAGAGGCUUUCAGCGGUUACCUGAGACGGUACAGGGUCAGAACCACGGCCAGAAUGGAACUGCAGCCUCGUUUCUUACCGCCAGAGAUGAAGAUCCGUUCCACGAUAGACACGAGCAUGCAAUUUCGCCCUCGGAUCGCCAUGUCAUGAUCGGACUCACUGUGCCUCGCAGUGAGUCAGUGGAAAGAUCACAGGAGCUCGACAGCGCAGGCACGCCGCUCACACCAUCGAUUAUCGUCACUCCAGCAGCACCAUGGAACGCACACUCGAACUCCAGCACUGAGAUGCUCCGACCAAGAGCAACAUCAAGUAUCUACUCGCAGCCAACACCCCGUCUCUGGCAAUACGAAACAGACGUGCCACCCGUGCCAGCCAUUCCCGCACAGCACUCAGCUGCUACCAAAACUCCCGCCCCAGAGACCGCAUUCCAGAACACACUGGGCGUAGAAAGAAACGCGCGCGCCCUGUCAACAGCCUCAAUCUGGGAAGACGACAGUCCACCCCGGACGCCAGAAACAGUGCGCCUAACCCCAAAGGCCCAGCAACAGGGCCGUCUCAGCGUCAACACCCAAGCAGAAGCAGACAGACCCCAUUCCCAAGGCUGGUGGACAUACCUCCUCUCCCCACUGCUGAGCCGAUCCAUAAAAUCCCCCUUCAGCCCAUCCUUCCCACAAGAGUCACCAUCCACCCCGUCAACAACAACGACAACCCGCCCCAACGGGCGAAAAGAAUGGAUACAGCGCGAGAAAGAGAUCUCCUGCUUCUCGCCAGAUACACCAGAGACCGCAGCACCGAUAGGCGAGAAGGCAUUUGAGAUAUCCCGAUCAUUCGAACAAGACCAAGACCAGUACCAGCAAGAUCCCGAACGCCAUCAAUCCCCGCCACCCGCAUACGUCUCCAACGUCUCAAGUAGACAAAAUACCAUGUCCUUCAUGUUCAGCAAUAACCAGACAAUCCAAGGUGAAGCAGCUGAGUACUACCAAGCCUGUGCGCACGAGCUAUUCAGUAAGACGCCCUACUUCGAGUGCGUUAACCACGUUUGCUCGAUAACGCCUGCCAACCCCAUCGCUGUGCCAGCAGGAGCCAUAAGCACGACCGCAGAUGGGAAUCGGGGGCUGGCGCUUGUUGCCGUUGAGGAGCCCGGAGUAUCUGGUCUUGAAAAGAUGCGCGAAAAUGAAAACCAGGCCCCAGUUCCGUUGACGUCGACUAAGAAUGCGGGGCUGCUUAUUGAUAUCGACUCGCCCCGUCCCGAGACAACGGCGGAGACCAUUCCGGCUGGGUAUGCUGUUCGCGCGAAGGAGGUGCAGGUGCUGUCACCCGCGUCGGAGUUCAGUUCUCAUUCGUGGGAUUCGUCUGUUGUUGAUGACGAUGAGAAGGGUUCGGUGCCGGCGCAUGGUGCUAGGGGUGGUGUUUCUGAAUCUCGGUCUCAGCGUGCUGCUUCGCCUCCUGUUCCUGUUCCAGUUCCUGUUCCAGUUCCUGUUCCAGUUCCUGUUCCAGUUCCUGUUGUUGCGCCGCCUGUGGAGGUAGCUGAUAGACAGGUUUGGGAACCCUCUGAACCUGCCCCUGUACCAGCUCAUAUUCCUAUGCCUGAGCCAACUCCCGCUCCAGCUCCGCAGAUAAUCACUAAUGUCUCGCCCCCGGUGACUAAUUUCCAUUACACUUCGCCUCCGCCGCAGCCUCAGGUACAGCCUUUGCAGCCGACAGUGCAAUAUGUGCCCGUCCUCGCUCCCAACGCUGCACAGCCAAUGGAGCCGAUAAUGCAACAACCGCAACAGCAGGAGCUCUCACGAGAAAUAUCGGAACCGCCAGUACCUCAGCCAGCCCCUCAAGUGGCAACGCCAAGAUCAGAAUGGCCAUGGGGAAAGCGAGGACAGCCACAAGAGCAACCCCAGGUUCAACAGCCAGCUACCCAAGCACACGUCUCCGGGUUCGAAUGGGCAUAUGCACAACAAGGACAUCCACAGGAACUUCCUGGUACACAAGGGCCGCCUCAAGCAUCGCAUGCACGACAGGCAACUUAUGGCCAUGCAACCCAGCCUCAAGGGCCGCUUGUGAUCCAAGGACGGGAAUCUGGCUCUGGGUGGCCAUUUGGUCUCACCGCACAUCCUCAUUCAAAUGCACCGCCUGUGCCGCCUCUGCCACAAACCCAGCCCACUGGAUCGGAGGUUCAGCAUCAACAAGAGCAAUCCCAAGAAUCCAUGACUCAGAAUCGGCAACCUGGAUCUGAAGAGCCACAAGCAGAACGGGGACUACCUCAGGGCUCUGACCUUGCACCCCAAGGACAUUUACAACCUUCUGAGCCUAUUUCUCCGGGUUUCCAGCGCGCUGCUGGUGGACCUGGCUCGAUCCCAAUGUCGGAUAUGCAGGCACCGGCUCCUGUGUAUACGCAAUUUCCUCGAGAUCCUGCUCUUCCUCCUCGUUAUGAUACCCAGCCACAUUACGAUCACGAUCCUACAGCUGGAGUUUCGAGUGUCAACCCAAGCGGCGCGAUAGGACCUCAUGAGACCCGACGCCGCAGACUCGGAAAAGGAAGAAUUUGCAAUCUCUGGCGUGGCCGGGGUCCAUUUAGCAAGAAGAGCGGACGUCCAGGACGCGAGGGUCGUACUCGACGCAGAUGGUAUUUCGUGAUCUGCGUUUUCUUUUUCAUCAUCGUGAUCCUAGCCACCAUUCUUGCGAUCACACUGACAAGGAAAGGGGACGAGACUCCCGUUCAAUCGCAAUGGCUGAACCUCACAGGCUAUCCGCCUAUGCCGACUGGAAUUGCAACACUUGCUGGGACGCAGCCACAGCUUGAAAAAUCGACUUGCAUCACUCCUUCUUCGAUGUGGAGUUGUGCUUUGCCCAAGGACCAGCAGGAUGCCAAUGGGCCAUACAAUGCGAACCAGCCCAAUUUCCGUGUUUCCAUCCGCUUCCGCAAUGGCACAUACGAUAACAGCACAGCAGUUGGCUCGAAACUACGUAUCAGGAGUGACGACCUUUUCAACUCAUCGCCCGCAGCCCCAAGAGAUACAGAGCAGAGCUUCCUCGGCCAAUACACAGACAACAACACCGCACCCUACGCUGGCGAAGAAACACCCUUCUACAUGUCCAUCCUCUCACCAGUCUCCCUCUCUUCGGCAAGCAUCUACCGCCGCUCAGACACCUCUAACGGCACCGCAUACCCCAACAUCUCCUCGAUAAUCCCGGCGCCAGAAGAAAACGCAGACGGAACCCCAUCCGCAGCAAUGCUCUAUCCUCUCCCUUCAUCCCAACCAAUCCGCCUGUACAACCGCGGCCUCGCAACCGAGCACUACGGUUUCUACAGCUACUUCGACAAAUCCAUCUUCCUAACCUCGCAAUCAAAAUCCUCGCCCGCCGACACAAACGGCGGAACCUCAAAAGCGAACGCACACUACCGCUGCACAUGGUCCCAAACACGUCUGCUAAUCCAAAUCUGGACCCAACCCGACAAAAUCGGCCGCCACCUCCUCCCAAAAUCCAACGACACAGCAACAAGCACCACCACCUCCUCAUCCGCAACACCAACAUCAACAAACGACUCUACAUCCUCCUCCUCCGCAACAGACUUCUCGCGCCCAGGCUCAUUCCCAUACCCGGUAACAAUAACGGUUGACCGCCACGGUGGCGCCGAGAAAAAGAAAAUGGUCUACUGCUACCCGCUCGAAGAUGACGGGCAUUACAAUAUCACGGCUGUGCAGCUCCAGCUCGAGGACCGCGCUGUUGGCGGUGAGCUUGUUAAUCCCGCUGCGGGGCUUUUUAAGGGUCUUGGUGACACGAAGAAUGCUACGACUCAGGAGGAUGGCGGUGUUGAUGGUGGGUCUGGCGGGUGUGGGUGUCAGUGGACGAAUUGGAUUUCGAGUGUGUAG